CUCGCAGACAACUGUUGCUCGUAUAAAAGGAGAGUCAUGCGGCAGUAAUGGAGCUAAAGUCGGAGCUUUUAAAGUCCAUCUGGUAUGCCUUCACCGCUCUGGAUGUGGAGAAGAGUGGGAAAGUAUCCAAAUCACAACUAAAGGUCCUUUCACACAACUUGUGUACAGUUCUGUGCAUCCCACAUGACCCGGUGGCCUUGGAGGAGCAUUUCAGAGAUGAUGAUGAUGGUCCUGUGUCAAGUCAGGGCUACAUGCCUUACCUGAACAAGUACAUCCUUGACAAGGUGGAGGAGGGUACUUUUGUGAAAGAGAAUUUUGAUGAACUCUGUUGGACUCUGACAGCUAAAAAAAAUUACCAUCCAGAAAAGAAUGGCAAAAGCAUCAUUCCCUGGCAAGAUGCUUUCCGCCUCUGGUGUCUCUUCAAUUUCCUUUCCGAAGACAAAUACCCUUUGGUUAUCGUCCCAGAUGAGAUGGAGUACUUGUUAAAGAAGAUAUGCACAUCCAUGAGUGUGGAGCUUAACACUGGAGAACUGGACGACUACUUUGCUCAGGAGUCCUCCCCGCAGAAUGGCCUCACAGUCUGGCAGUUUCUAGAGCUUAUGAACUCUGGAAGAUUAACGCGAGGCAUUGACAGAGACACACUCAGCAUGGCAAUUGAAGAAGUAUACCAGGAGAUGGUUCAGGACAUGCUUAAGCAGGGAUAUUUAUGGAAAAAAGGUCAGCUGAGGAGGAACUGGACAGAACGAUGGUUCACUCUAAGACCAAGUCUGUUGGCUUAUUACGUCAGUGAAGAUCGCAAAGAGAAGAAGGGCUGCAUCCUUUUAGACAAAAACUGCUGUGUAGAGGUGCUUCCAGAUAAAGAUGGGAAGAGGUGCAUGUUUUGUGUGAAGACGCCAAACAAGACGUACGAAAUGAGUGCUUCUGAUACUAAGCAGAGACAAGAGUGGACCUCAGCCAUCCAGACGGCCAUUCGUUUACAAGCAGAGGGAAAGAAGUCACUCCAUAGAGACUUAAAACUGAAGCGCAGAGAGCAACGUGAGCAGCGUGAAAGGCGCAAAGCAGCCAAAGAAGAUGAGCUGCAGAGGCUCAAGGCCCUACAAGAAGAAAAGGAAAGGAAGCUACAGGAGCUGGAGUUGCUGAAGGAGGCUCAACGGCAGGCCGAGGCUCUUCUUCAGCAAGAUGAGCAGCGAAGGCGCGCACAACAUGAUGAGAUGCAGAGGGCUCUUGAAAUUCAACUGCGUGAAGCUGAGCAGGCAAGAGCAACCAUGCAGGUGGAGAUGGCUCUAAAGGAGGCAGAAGCAGAUCGCCAGAGGAAGAGAAUUCAGGAGUUGGAAGACAUGCAGCAACGACUGGAAGAUGCUCUGAAUCAAGAAAGAAAGGCAAGACAGGAUGAGGAAACAUUCAGAUAUGAUCAAGCAAGGCUUCUAGCUGAGGAGGAGGAUAAGCUGAAGCAGUUAAUGCUGAUGAAGGAGGAACAGGAGGAAUAUAUCUUAAAAACUCAGCGUGAGAAGCAAGAGUUGAAACAGGAGAUGGAAACCAAAACCAAAGCUCUGGAGGAAGCUCAGCGGCAGCUAGAGGAAGUGAGAGUGAACAGACAGAGAGUCGACAUGGAUGUCAUGGCUGCCCAGAGGAAACUCCGCCAAGCCAGUACCAACGUCAAACACUGGAAUGUGCAAAUGAACAGACUAAUGCAUCCCAUAGGCCCAGGAGACAAGAAGUCCCCAAGUAUUGGAAGUUUCCGUGUCCCCAUGCAGAAAGACCCUGGGCUGAAGCUACGUCAGAAAUCCCAGGAAAAUGAGAGUGAGAGCAAAGAAAACAUAGUGCGUGAGGUGGCUCGGCGCUUCUCCCAAGCAUCAGAGGAGGUAAUGGACACAAACUAAGACAAAGAAAUAAACAUCCAGGACCCUUGACUCGACACCGUAAAACUUCUCAUGAGAUCCCUCUGGACUGGCCUUUCAUCUGGCCGCAGGACUGCACCCUCCAUAGAGCCCCCACUGAGCAUUUUGAAAUCAACAUGAAGAACAUACUUGAGAUCUCUUUUUACUCUCGGGGCUCACUUUACCAGAUAUUGUGCUGUACAUGUUUAUUCAUCUGAAGCAGGGGUUCUCCACCAGAAGCCCAAUUCUCCAAUACAUUUAUGUACAGAUGUUUUUCUAGAGGAGACUUUUACUAUUCCCACCAUUUUAUGUGGACAGGUAUCAGCACAGCAAGAAAAGAAGCAAACGUCAGUGAUGUGCCAAUACACAAAUCAUAUAAGCCUCUGUCACAAUGUUUAAAUUUCCAUUAUGUUCUUAUAAAAAAAACAACAGACGCUA